AUGGAGACUAUGAAUCUGUCUAAAAAUCUUGAUAUAGAAGUGUGUUUGAGACCUUGGGUUACGCUUUUACCUUUUUGUAACUCCCGUACUAAGACUUACGAAAGAAAGGGGACCAAUGUUGGCUUUGCUGAAAUUUUGCAAAUAUUGAAAGUAUCUAUAGUCUUUUAUCUUGAAAAAGUAAUUGAACUACAGCCAAAUACUAAUAUCUUCCUUAGACCAACAAAGAUCAAUGGAAAUAUAUUUCAGAAGUAUUUUGAUAUGAAUUUUCUUGAAGGAAAAGAAAUAAGCUCCGAAGAAGGUGCUUUUCUCUUAUUGCAUGAAAUGGAUAUAAAUAGCCAGUUUGAUUCAUUCCAAAUUAAAAUAAUAGUCGAAGGAUGCAUUCAGGUAAUAUGUGUAGGUGAUAUUUUUCAAAAGAGAUCAUACUAUAAUCAUAUGAGGCUUAAUUACUCGAAUAGCAUCAAAGAUAUACUUUUCAAUGGACCUCAUGUAGAUAAUAAAGAAAAAGUGAUUUUUCUGGUGCCCCCGUUUCUCCAUCAGCAAAAAUCUAGCAUGAGUUUCAAACUGCUAAAGCCAAAAUGUACUGAAGCUAGUCAAAUUAGCAAAAAUAGGGACAGAAAGGAAUGUACCUACAUAAACAGAAUAAAUUUUGCUGGCAAAAGAUUCUUGUCAACCAAUUCAGUCAAUGUCAAUUAUGUAUUUUUUCAAUGUCCAGAAGAGCAAGCUAGAGAGUUAGAAAAUGGACCAUUGGAUAGUAUUAUAGAUAUAAUCAAUCUUUAUAACGGAAUUAUAGAGGGCAAAGGAAACUAUGACAUUGAAGGCCUGCUCCGAAAUACAUAUUUCGAGAAAGAAAGCACAGAAAAUAAGAAUUGUAGUACGAGAAAGAUUUACGAAGACCCGUCUUCAGAAGAAGAAUAUGGGAUCGAUCAGACAAAUAAUAUGUACCUUGGCUACUCUAAGAGUUUUCAACCUAAAUUGACAAAGGCAUUAUUAGAUUUAAACAAGUCUAUUCCCAUGGAAAAUAUCUCAAUGAGAGCAUCGGAUUUUAUAACCAUUACACCUUUACCUAACGAAAAAUUAAUAGGUUCAUGGGAGAAAUUGAAGAUGAAAGAUAAUUUGAAGCAAAGAAUCUAUAAUACUAUUAAGGUUCUGUUGUGUCUAUCGAAUAUUCUCAACUCCAAGAAGAGUUUUGUUGACGAGACUUUUUCAGCACAGGACAAACUCCUCUUGCUACAUGGGCCACCCGGGACGGGCAAAUCUUCAUUAGCUAGAGCUAUAUUUCAGAAAUUUUCAGUAAAAUUUAUCAACUCUAUAAAAGACCCAAUUGAUCUUCCACCUAUAUUACUAUUGGAAUUAGCACCUGAUAAGAUAUAUUCUCGCUAUUACGGAGAGUCUCCGAAGAAACUAUCCAUGUUGUUCACCGCUAUCGAAACCACUUUAAGGAAAGGAAUACACGGAGGAUUUAUUUUUAUGAUAAUCGAUGAAAUUGAAUCUCUUGCAACUGAAAGAUCCACGCUAAUAACAAAUAACGAAACAACUGACGGCGUACGCAUGGUCAAUAUUCUACUAACCCAUUUGGAUAAAUUAAGACACUACAAGAAUUUUUUCAUGAUAGGAACAUCCAACCUCAUAGAAUCAGUUGACAGCGCAUUCAAGGAUCGGGCUAGCGCAUUAUACAAAAUCCCAUUACCGAACGAAGAAAUAAUCUACAGCAUACUUGAACAACAAAUCACCCAUUUUCUAGAUCUGGGGUUUCUCUACCAAAAGAGCGGACUCGAUUCAAAAUCAACUACAUCGACCACACCUUGCAGCUCAUCCUUAACUCAAUACUCCUCGAAGUUGUUGAGCCAAAUUGCAGCAUAUUGCUCAGUAAGUAUACCUUUUUUGCAUCCACGAGAAGUGCACAAAAUUAACCAAUGA